AUGGGUCAGAACUUGAGCAUCCGAAGACCGAAGAUAUCACUUACAUGGGUCCUACGUGAACAAUCGCAACAGCAAUCACAACAACAGCAGCAGCAGCGUCAGCAUUCUUCCCGGAGUCACCGACGAUCGGUAAGCCCACCGAAUGUCAAUCUCCAUCACCAUCAUCAUCAGCACGUGACUCAAUCGCGCCGAGCAUCACCUGUGAAAGCGAUCAUUGGCAACAGCUCGGCACCUGUUCAACCGCCGAACACCACAACCGGUAGCCAACUUGUGGUUCCAGUCAGAAAGAAAUCCCGCACACGCAGCAAGGAGCGCUUGUUUAGCGAAAAGUACGUCAGCGAUAAUAAUCUGACGGAGUACCACAAUGAGCUGAAGCUAAAAGCCAGCGGCAAUUGCAUUGCGCAAAAUGGAGCCACAGCAGCCGCAGCAAGUGAGCAUCAUAACCACAACGGCAUUUAUCGCAAAAGUAAUCGAAGCUAUCGGAAGAAUAGCGAUCGGCUAAGGAAAAAGGAGCGCUCUCAGAUAUAUCCCAGCUUAGUUCAGAGCGAGACCGUUGACGUCCUGCUAAAUAACAAUAACAAUAAUAAUAAUAAUAACAACAACAAUAACAGUAUUAUCAUUAAUCUAAACCAAGAAGACCAGUUGCUGAAGGAAAAAUCAGCGGCAGUUUCGUUGAAAAAUACCUACUCGGAGCCCUCCCUCUAUACCACCGUUUCGGAACCAUCCUCCUCUAAGAAGCAUCGCCACCGACGCCGACGGGAACGCUACCGCUCGCAACGGUUCGGCUACGAGAUUCAAAAUGUCGACGAGUUUCUCUCGAAAUGUUCCUUGUCCUCGCCGGGUAACAUUCCGGUGGUACUGUCCUCAGCUGCCACCCUCUACCAAACCCGCCCCGGCAGUUACCAGAUCGAGAUCCCGCUGCCCCUCGGGAUGGUCGUAAAUGCCGUGUUCAAAAAUCAAAACUGGCUGUACGUGCAAACACCGCACGCCGAGGAGGGUUACGUAGCAUACGAAACGUGCCUGCCGCUGGGAAUAUUGCCACCAAACCAAAGAUCGAGCUCGACUUCGAAACCGACGCCAUGUUGGGAAUCGAACAAGGACGUUUUUCCCCGGCCAAGCGGAAACCUGACCGACAGUGAAAAGGAAAUUCAACAACUACGCGGCGGCACACGUUCGGAAGGUCGCCGAACGCCCAGGCUGAAGCGAGGGGGAACCAGCAGCCGCAGUGUAACGUCGGUCACAUGCAAUAGCGAGAAAAACCUAGACUCGCUGUACCUGCGAGUAGCUAAUCAGCUUAAAUCGGUUGACUCACAGACACAAUUUGCUCAACUUAAACUUACGAACAAGGUGCUCAUCGGAAACGGUAGCAAACUGGAAAAAGUGCUGAACUUUGAACAAACAAAAGAGAAAACCGAUGCCACUGCCACCGGUGCUACUGUAACUAACGGAGGAGAUUACUGUUCCCUGCAGUCUCAGCCCGUGUUUCAUCAUCAUCAUCAUCUUCACAAAAUUCUGGUAAAAAGUGGCAGCGCCGGUAGCGGUUCAACCAGCAGUGUCAUCAAUGGAGGACAUUACCAUAAGACUGUAAACAAUAUUAGUUAUAGUAGCAGUAAUAAUACUAAUAAUAAUAACAAUAACAAUAAUGUUAAGUUAGUCAGCAACAAUAGCAGCAAUAACCUGCGCUCAACAGCCGCAGUCCGGCAGACCCUGCUGGCCAUAACCGACAGCUACUGUUCGGAUUCCGUCAACGUGCAAAAGGGCGACGUGGUCACGCUGCUGGCCUGCAAAGAGUACCAGGAGAAGGGUCUGAAAAAUUUCAAACAAUGGUUUUUCGUACGGACUCGUGACGGCCACGAAGGCUACAUUCCGGCAGAAGCUGCCGGUCAUGGUUUUCUCUAG